UCGGAAAUAUUUUACUAGGUUUCGAUGUACUACAAAUUCGUGGCAUUUGAUGCAGAGCCAGCUGCUUACUGAUGGUUGUUGAAAAACUUAUUGCUUGAUCAAGUUUGUAUUCUGAGAUCACGAGAUGCUGGUUUUCUGUGAUAUUUUCGACUUCAAAGUACUCAUAUUUGCAUGUCUAUUGGCGUUUUUGCCAAACAGUUUAGCGAACGAUGCAAACGAAGGAGCGGUAUCGCUUACUCAACAAAAUAUUGAUAUGACACUUGUUUCAAAUGAAUUGGUAUUUAUAAAUUUUUAUGCACAAUGGUGCCGUUUUAGUAACUUAUUAGCUCCUAUUUUUGAAGAAGCUGCAACUAAGAUAAAACGUGCAUUUCCUGAACCAGGGAAGGUAGUCAUGGCAAAAGUGGAUUGUGAUAGGGAAUCUUCUAUUGCUUCAAGGUUUCAUAUUACCAAGUAUCCAACAUUGAAAGUUAUAAGAAAUGGUCAACCAACCAAGAGAGAAUAUAGAGGUCAGAGGUCUGUGGAAGCAUUCGAAGAAUUUAUAAGAAAACAACUGGAAGAUCCAAUCAAGGAAUUCUAUGAUUUGAAAGAAUUAACUAAUUUAGAUGAUAAAAAACGAAUGAUCAUUGGAUACUUUGAUAGAAAGGAUGUUCCCGAGUAUGAAAUGUUUAGAAGAGUUGCCACCAAUCUUAAAGAUGACUGUCAAUUUCAUGUUGGAUUUGGCACUUGCUCAGCUCAAAACUGCGACAUUGGAGAGCAUUUUCACUUGCUGUUUGCAACAUUGUUUAUCUGCAUCAUCUCUCAUCAUAUUUGUUUUUAUAUAUUAUUUGAUGAGGCCUUGUGGAAAAAUUACAAUUCGGAUAAAGCGCUUUCUAAUGACGAGGAUGAAACAUACCACGGCAGUUUAAAUAACUUUGAUGAAUUAAACGUUUGGGCACAAGAAAAAUGUGUUCCCCUUGUGAGAGAAAUUACGUUUGAAAAUGCGGAAGAAUUAACAGAGGAAGGUUUACCAUUUCUCAUACUGUUUCAUGCUCCUGAUGAUGUAGAGAGUGUAAAAAUGUACAAAGAUGUAGUGACGAAAACAUUAAUAACUGAAAAACAAAAUGUCAAUUUCUUAACAGCAGAUGGUUUGAAAUUUGCUCAUCCUCUCCAUCAUUUGGGAAAAUCACCAACUGAUUUGCCUUUGAUCGCUAUAGAUAGUUUUAGGCAUAUGUACCUGUUUCCAAGCUUCCAUGAUAUUCAUGUGGAGGGGAAACUGGAAUCUUUCCUGAAAGAUUUGUAUUCGGGGAAGUUGCAUCGAGAAUUUCACUAUGGUCCAGACUCUAGGAAUAAUGAACUACCACAAAUUGUUGGACAAAUUAAAGUGCCUACCACCCCACCGGAAUCCACGUUCAAGAAACUUGCGCCCAGUAAAAACAGGUACACAUUACUCAGGGAUGAACUUUAACGUUAUAGUUAAAAUAUUUGGAUCUCUAGAUUUAUAUAAUUUUGGUUACACAAUUUGUUAGUUAUUUUACAGUGAUGCAAUCCAAAUCCGUUGUAUUAUUAAAUCAAAUUAUUGAUCGACGUUAUACGAAAGUCUAGCAUUCUUUUUGUCGUUUAUAUAGUAUUCUCGCCUAAUUGAACGGUUAUUUAGUACAUUCUAAAUGGGACGAAAAAUUCUGCGGUCAAUUUCAGGCUAAUUAUUUAAGAAAAAGUAUAUAUGUAUUUCCAGCGUAACAUCCCAUGCCACUACCAAAAACAAAUAUAUAUAUAUAUACACACACAUCCAUACACGUAUAUGUAUUAUCUGAACUUUGAACUGUAAAGAAUUGAUUAAACACGUAUAAAUCGUAACCUUCGUACAAGUUUCGCGACCGAAAAUAGUAGAUUUUAUUCUAUUUUUACAUAACGUGUGCUUUGUAUAUUGUAUUUCCUUUCAUACUGAAUGCAAAGAACGGUAGCAGUUUUGCAAAGGCAAUUACGAAUGAACGCCACAGAUCGCGGUAUCUCCCAGUGUCAAUAUUUCUGGUUAUAUAUGUUAUAAGUAAACUACUUAAUACGGUUUAUAAAAUAUUGCUGAGUAAACAUUACACAAAAAAAAAAGAAAAAAAGAAAUCACCCAUCCAUAGGUGAACCAUUGUAGAGUAUCGAUUUGUAUGAUCGAAGAAGUUUAAUUUCCACCUUAGCUUUGAUACAAUGAUUGCGGUGAACGAUCUUUGGUCGUGCUGCACUUUGUGCGUAUCGAUUCCAUGAUGUGUUUGGGAACCGAGGGUUGUUCUUAUGACGGUGACCGUCUGAUACUUUAGUAUGUAGUUACAUGUCAUGAGAUUUUUCCUACCAGAAGAAACAAAGGCUCGUAACGCACGGUGGAAACCCCUGAGUGCGAGAGUGAGUGAGUGGUGGAUGGAGGGGAGGGGCUAUAGAUCGAUUGUUUUCCUUAGUUAGAUCGAUCGCUUCUUGGACAAAGUAUUUUAGGAUUGAGGAAUUUUCAAUUUUUUCGUAACAGUAUAAGAUGGGGAUGAUAUUGAUUUGAUAUGACGUAGCGCUAAGAUACUCCUAAGAAGCUAAUUUGUAUGGAUGAUUGUAUUAAAUUUUCUGUUAAUAAAGAAUUUCUAAG